UGGGCACUGAAACCAUGCAGCAAGGGAUUCCUUUUGCAUGGCCUGAACUUUCUCCACCAGAACCACAGUUCAACAAAGAAUCAGGAUGAGCAAAGGCUUUCAGCCAUUGAGAAGAUUCUCACAGAAGUUUUAAAAUAUGCCAAGGACAAAGAAAGAAAAGGCAAAAAUUAAAGGAGCUUCCUUGUCUAUUGUUCCUGUUCUUAAAAAGUUCCUGAAAACCUAUGAAAAGCACUGUGUCCAGUCUCAGACUUCUGUGUGCCCAGCUAUCAAGAAGGCCUUGAAAAUCAGCAUAGAGAAUGAACAGAUUCUCAGGAAGUUGACGCUCGUAAGCCCUGGCGUCUCCCCAACAGGCUUCCCAGAAGUUUCUCUUGAACCUUUGCUUAAGACAAUUCGAGAUGAACGUUACAUGCUGGGAAGAGAACUUUGCAUCUGGGGGAUGAAGCUGAAAAAUUCAGAUGUUGCAAGCCUAGCCAUACUUCUAGAGCUGCAAGGACGUACCAUGUACCCAUUUUCUACUCUAGAAAUCAUUAACAGCCAAAUGGAUCUGUGGUCUUUGGAGAGACUGGGCAAGUCUUUCCUUUCCAGCAAUUUGCUCUCAAUUAUAUUGGAUUACAACAAGUUUAUAAAUGAAGGUGUUGACAUUCUUAUGGCCGGCCUGGAAAAAAACCAGAAGCUUAAGAUUCUCAGCCUGCGUUAUUGCAAUCUGGGACCAAGUAGUGGCUCAAAGCUGGGCUGGGCAGUUAGCCAAAGUUCCAUUUGUGAACUUUAUCUUAAUGGUAAUUACUUACAAUGUUCUGGGGCUUUGGCUCUCAUUAAACACAUAGCAGAAUUUGCAGAAACCCAGGGGAAAGACAGGAGAAAAAAGAUCUUGCGAUACCGAAGAAGCUCAUCUCAACAAGUGCUUCCAGGAAUCAAGAAAAAUAAAAAAGGAUCUUCUGAAAUUGGUCCUUGGUUAAUCAAGCUGAAUUUGGCUGACAAUGGCAUAGAUGGAAGAGGAAAAGAAGGAGAAAGAGGUGUAUUGAAAUUCAUUCAACUUUUAACACAUCUUAUAAAAUAUUCUGACCACUUAAGAGAAAUAGAUCUUGGCAAUAAUGUUCUGGGAGAAAGUGCUGCUAUUGAUAUACUAGAAGCAUUAAAGGAGAGAAAAAAAGGUAAACUGUCAAACUUAGAAAUUAUAGUCACUCCACAGAUUUCUUCAGAUAUCUUCAGAUCCAUUUGGAAUAACAGUAAGAAAUUUGUUUCUGCCCAAAAGAAAAAGAAGAUAAGUAAAGAAUAGUCCAUGUGUUUGGACCAAAAUCCGAAUAUAAACUCCAUUUAUUCCCAUGGACAAACUGUUAUGGAUAUAAAGACAACGUGAAUGAGAAAUAACAUUACUAAAUAAGAGUAAUUUUACGACUGAGGAAAAAUACACUUUUCUUAUAUUACACUUAUCACAUUUAUAAAAAGUUGCUUUGCCAAAGGAAACUCAGUAAAACAAAUUAAAUCUU